CACUUAUUUCUUUCGUUCAACCCACACAAACACCAGCAUCCACAAAAAAGAAAAUAGUGCUCGAGGAUAAUAAUGCCAGCCCAAAUCACCUCAAGGAACCACCCACCACCCUUGACGGUGGGUUACCACUUACCACUAUUCCCCAAUCAGAUGCCGAGUGUGAUGAUGAUCUCAACCAUCCAUGAUCAUCGUGAUCAUCACAGCCACCAUCACAUGGCGAAAGUCAGAAAGUGGACCUUUCUUUUGUCCCUAGACUAAGGGCGUGCACAACCCACAUCCUACGGCGUACGUUAGCCCUUCCUUCCCACCCCCACUCACACACCUAAGCGGUGGCCUCAUCCGCACACCCCUCCCCACCCCCCCACCCACCCUCCAUACCUUAUUCAAUAUGCCACCAAACCCCACUUUCCCCCUUCCACCACCACAUCCACAACCACGCCCGCUUUUCUUUUCCUCUCUUAUCCUCCCUCCCUUCCUCUUCCACCCCCAAUACCCCCCUUAACCCUCGCCGCCUUUCCUUUCUUUCUUGUCCUUCAUUACCACCACCAUCACACCGCGAUUUUCUCUUAGCUCCCCCAGAUCUCUCCUUCGCUAACGUGCGCCAACUCCCAUCUCUUCCUGGUCUUCCGCCACCACCACAAAAACCACAAGAAAUUCCGCGUCUCCGCUUACUCUCGUACUCCCUCACGACUGUCCCACCGAUUUCCCUUAUCUUAACCUUCACCAGCACCCAUGUCCACACCACCCAACACCGGAUCGCCCUCACCCCCACAAGAUCUAACCCCCCUUCAAAUCACCGCACUACAAGCUCUCCCCGCUCCGCCAACGCAACCAUCCACCAAUCCUCGGCGUCUACCACCACCAUGUUGGACCCCAGAUGAAACAGUGGCCUUAAUCGACGCUUACCGUGACAAAUGGUACACGCUCCGCCGCGGUAAUCUCAAAGCAAAUCACUGGCAAGAAGUAGCUGAUGCUGUAGCUCGCCGCUGUCCAGCUGCAUCACCACCAAAAACCGCUGUGCAGUGCCGCCACAAGAUGGAAAAGCUCCGGAAACGGUACCGAACCGAGAUCCAGAGGGCCCGAUCCAUGCCGGUCUCGAGGUUUUCAUCUUCUUGGGUCCAUUUUAAGCGAAUGGAUGGGAUGGAAAAGGGGCCUCAAGCUAAGGCUGAUUAUAAUUCAGAGAGCGAAGGUGAUGAUAAUGACGAUGAUAAUGAGGAUGAUGGUGAUAUUCAUGGAUCUUAUUUAGAAAAUUAUAGGACUACUGGUAAUGUUAUGAAUACUCGAAGUAUUCAAAAGCUUUAUCGAAAUGGGAUUGGGAAUCCAGGGAGUGGAAGUGGUAAUAAUGGAUUGAGUGGUGGGAAUUCUAGUUUGGGUUCGGGUAAUGCUGGCGGGUUUCGAAUUAGAAUACCAACUGGAGUUAGUAUAGCGCAGCCAGGACCUAAAUUUUAUGCAAAAGCAGAGCAGAAGUAUGGUGGGGGUCCUAGUAUUGGUGUUAAUGCGAGCCCAAACCCGAACAUGAAGCCUAAUUAUGGUGGGAUAGGGAGUAGUAGUAGGGUUAUGAGGGGGGGUGAGGAAAUGGGGAAGAAAAGAGAGAGGGAGCCGAUGGAGGAGUUGGUUGCGGCGAUAAAGGUAUUGGGAGAUGGCUUUGUUAGAAUGGAGCAAAUGAAGAUGGAAAUGGCUAGAGAGAUGGAGACAAUGAGGAUGGAAAUGGAGAUGAAGAGGACGGAGAUGAUUCUUGAGUCGCAGCAGAGGAUUUUGGAGGCUUUUGCUAAAGCAUUAUCGGAGAAGAAGAAAAAGCCAAAGAGAAUGCCCUCACCUGAGUCAUAGCUGGGUGAGUGUGGCUGCCUUUUGUUUUUGUUGCUAGAGAUUUGACCCUUCUUGGUAAGGGAUUGAAUGGUUCGGUCAGAUUUGAUAUAUCUUCGGAUGAAAGUAAGUUAAUUUCAUGUUUAGAUCAGUGUUUUGCUGCUUGUUUUGUGAUUAUUUCCUGAGAGUAAGUUAGGAAGAUGUUGAACUUUGUUAGUGUUUUCAAUUUACUUUUGGAUGAAUGUAGCUUCGAUUUUUUAGAUUAGAUGCUUGUGUACAACUACUUCUCACGUGUUAACUUUAGUAUUUUUGUGGAAUAUAAAUGUAGUUGCUUCAUAAUUCUUCUAA